UGAGAGUGUUUUUCAACAAGGAAAAGCUUUGCGUUUUGAGCCUUCGCCAUGGGUUUCAAGUAUGUCUUCAUUCCUGCAUCUCCGAAUGAUGACAUGCAGGAGAUGGAGUACGAAACAGACAUCACCGAGCUGGAAAAGGACUCCUUCAGGAGCUUUGUCGAAAAGUUCUUUGCUGCUGCUGGUCAAAGUGCAGACCGAGAAAUCUUGUUGCAGCAACUAAAGGAGCGUACCGGCGUCGACCUACAGGAGAAGGCAGACAAAGGCGAAAUGGCAAAUGACAUGUUGGACAAGCUUCUCUCCACCAGCAGUGUCGAGAUUUUUCCGGUCCAGCUUCCGACAAAGGAGACUUGCUUCCAGGGAGUCAGUGUGUAUUUGGAUGACAAGGGUGUUGCGAAAAAUCUGGAGGAGAACAUCCGGGUGUCUAGUUUGGUGCAGGCCUGUGGUUAUCCGGGCCAGACUAUUCGAGGGGAUUGCUUCAUCGGCAGGGUCUUCGACGACACUCAGGACGAAUGGAGGCGCAUGGACUUCACGCUGAAGGACUGUAGUACCGAUGCAGAGUGGAUCCACGUCACCAAGAUGCAACGUGCCAACAGGAAGUCGGGUGAUUUGCAAAGCAUGGCCAACUCGAUUGGAGUUAACAACCCUGCACGCAUUGACCCAUCCAUGCUUGCUGAUUCAGCGCCGAAGGGUGAGACUGCAGACUAUUCCUGGAAGCAGUCUGAAGAUGAAGUAGAGGUUACCUUCAAGAAAGAAGGUUUGCAGAAAGGCGAUAAGAAAUACGUGAAAGUUGCAUUUGGAAGGAAGCGCCUGCGAGUAGAGGUCAAAGACCAGGUGAUCAUUGACUCGUCACUUGCUGGCAACACCACUGCUGAUGAGUGCACUUGGACACUCAGUGAUGGUGUGCUGCAAGUGACUCUUGCGAAAGCUGAUGAAGGGACUUGGCCUGAACUACUUGAGGCGUAGUGCAGCUGCAAGUUUUGCUGUGAGGGUGAACCUCACUGUCUCUCUCAGUUGUGAACAAACAGAGCAUUUGCCGCUUGUACAGUGCAGAGACAGUGGCACGUUAGACUUGUAUAGAGCCC